AUCCUGACAAACAGCUGAUGGCACAAAUGGAAUAUUAACAUCUGAAACUCAAAGCUGAUGAGCAUCAAGUGAACAUAAGGAGAUCUGAGGGUGUCCUGACAAUCUAAGAUUCCAGGUCAGAAUGAGACUUCUUAGCUGACAGCCUCGGAUGGAACACUGACAGCAUUAAGCUUUGCCUCAUUUGUAUAGACAAGUUCAUUGUUUAUAAUAACUGAAUCCUGAGAGGAGGUCACUUCCACAAUGAGAGACCGACUGGAGGAGCUGCAGCAAAAGACUCAAGAGUUUUCUGAAGUUGACCACAGCAAUCCUUUCUCAGUGGAGAAUGAUGAUGCUGUGGUAGAUGGGAAUAUAACGCCACAGGCUGUGGUGUUUGAAGAGGAGCCAAUCAUUGAGAAUUUCCUUUCUGAGGCUCAACAGAUCCGAGAUGACAUCUCAUCACUGGAAACUGAGAUCCUCAAGUUCACUCAAGAGCAAAAGACUCUGGUGGCAACCAUGCGUCGGUUCAGUGUGAUGAAGAAAGAAAGCAGCAUAACACGAGACAUCAAGUUGCAGGCUGAAAGCCUCCACCGUCGUUUAAAUGCUCUUUCGAAACAAGUCCAAAGAUCUGAGGAGCAGCAUGGACCUGGUGCUGCUGCAACAAGAAUCCAACGCUCUCAGCAUGCAGCUCUGUACCGCAGUUUUCAGGAGGUGAUGCGACACUAUAAUGAAGGUCUGCUGACCAAGCAGGAGCGCUGUAAGCGCUUCAUUAUCCGGCAGCUGGAGGUAUCGGAAAGGGAUGUUACAGAGGAGGAGGUGAAUGAGAUGGUUGCCACUGGAAAAUGGGAGGUCUUCAAUGAGAACCUGCUGAAUGAUGCCAGAAUCACCCGCUCUCAACUAUCUGAGAUAGAACAGAGACACAAGGAGCUGUUAAACCUGGAGAACAAUAUGAAGGAGCUGCGGGACCUCUUCACAGACAUCUUCAUGCUGGUGGAAGAACAAGGGGUCUACAUUGACCACAUCCAAACAAAUGUGGAGAGGACUCAAGAUUGUGUGAUUGUAAUUAAUGAGAAGUUUAAGUUGGCUGCCAGGUAUAAGAAGAAGAACCCAAUUCGAAAGCUAUGCUGCUGCUGCUGCCCUCCCUGGAGAUGCUGCUUGUGAAAUAGAAGAAUUUAUGCCUAUGUAUUUAUUUCAAAUAAGAGUAUAUUUAAAAAGUCUCAUUUACUUGUUGGAAGUAAGCAAAGCUGGUAACAUGAGGAUUGGAAGGUGAAGGUACUGCAUUUUUUUUUUUUUUUUUUUGCUAUUGAACAGAGCAACAGUGAGGAGAGGAUCAGCAGAGCAUAGAAAACAAUUAGGGGGAAGGGAGAGAAUCGGUAUGGGAAGCACUUGUUUUUUUUUUUUUUUUUUUCAAGAGGAUGUGAAGCGGCCGCGAUUGGAAGAGACAGUUCAGUGAGUGCUGCUCCCCGACACUGUUGCUUAUUGGAGACCUUCACUGUCAUCUGACAGAGGUCACAAACAAGGCAAGGCCACUGACACUGCUGGAUCAGCAAGACUGCUAUUUCACCAUUUUUCAGGAAAAUCCUCUAAUCUUUUUUUUUUUUUCCACCCGCUCUCUUUCACAGGAGCUGUAGUUAAUGAGGGGGAGAAUUUUCUUAUGCUGCACGCACUUUAAGGUUUCUUUCUUUUAAUAAAAAUGCAACAUAUUAGUUCAAGAUUUAUUUUCAUACAGAUAUUAAGUCAUUCCAUAUUCAUUUAAUUUUGGUUCACAUGCUGAUUAGAAGAAAAGAGCUUGUAUUACAAUUAGUCAUUAGUCUCAUUUGCAUUUCAAAGUCUGAACAUUUUCAAUGACGUUUUAAGAAAUUAAUUUAUGCAGUUUCACAGAGGCAGAGAGUCAAGUAAAAGUUACUAAAUAAUGAGCCUUGAUCAAAAUGUUUCUGUUAUGACAAAAUGGCAGAACAUUGUUGAAAAAAAUAUGAUGGAACAUUAUAGUUUAAGAAACAUUCAAAUGAGCUCUGUUUUGCAUUUAGUAUUAGGAGUGUAAUAUCAAUGCAUAAUUUAGUAGGAACUGCUUCAUUGUUUGGAUGAGAUAAGAGGUAUCAACAAUGUAAGAUGAUUAAUCAUAUAAUCCAGUGUGUAGAAAGGGAUUUGUGGCCUCAGAGGAAGUGCAGUCACCAUAAACUAAAUAUUAGGAAUUUUGUGUUUAACUCUAUAUAGAUCCAGCAGACUCAAAGCUGCUAACUGCAUCUUCUCUUUCCAUUUCCUUCACUUAAUAACCUGGCUUAGAAGAUAGCAAAGUAAACACUAUGCAAUAGUUCCCUGUUCAUCUCCCUCACAAGUAAGAUGGCUUGUAUUAAACUUAUGUCUAAUCAGUAGAGACAGAGAUGUUCCUCAAUGAGUUAAUGACCUAUUGUGCGUUGUAAACACGACAAAGUACAGGUGUACUGGGUGUGCCAGAGCUGGGCUGGAAAGUCUGGUUUGUCCACUUUUUCAGGAUGGCUUUGUGUCAGCUAUGUGUUGAGGAUGGUGUGUCAAUAGAACCGUUACCCUUUAGCAAAUGAUAAGAGGAUCUGUUCGGUUGAAAUAGUCAUCUGUUUACAGAAGCUACACCUUGGAUGGUAUUACACUGGAGGCAUAUGAACGUUUAAAACAUGACUUAUAAGCUACCAAAAGAGACAUUUAUGUAUAGGAAACUUAAAAAAAAAAAAAACUCAACUAUGAUUUGAUUUCUCUCUUGGAUUAAGUAAAGACAGAUUGUUU